AUGGAUCCAAAGUUUUAUGAUGCAGUUAGGACUAAUGACCUAACCACAUUUUCAAGCCUAGUUAAAGAGAAUGAAGAAAUUCUCCACCAGAGAACUGCUGAUAUCCUGAACACCCCAUUACACGUUGCUUCCAGGUACGGUUGCACUGAAAUAGUGUCUGAGAUUGUGAGGUUGUGCCCUGACAUGGUAUCUGCUGAGAAUAAAAACCUGGAGACUCCAAUUCACGAGGCUUGCCGACAAGAGAAUGUUGGGGUCUUAAAGUUGCUGCUUCAUGCCAAUUCCACAGCUGUUUGUAAGCUUAAUCAGAAUGGUAAAAGCGCUUGUUUUCUAGCUUGCAGCCAUGGUCAUCUUGACAUGGUGAAUCUCCUGCUCAAUCUAUCUGAUAUGGUGGGGCCAGAGGAAGCAGGGUUUGAUCAAACUUGUAUCCAUAUUGCUGCAUCAAGGGGGCACACAGAUGUUGUUAGAGAAUUGUUGAAUAAGUGGUCAGAGCUUACUCAAGUGAUCGACGAUGAUGGGAACUCACCAUUGCAUCAUGCUUGUAAUGGAGGACACGGAGAGAUUGCAUGGAUCCUACUAAGACGUGAUCCGAAUUUUGCUUUACGAUACAACAACAAUGGCUAUACACCAUUGCACCUUGCAGUAAUGAAAGGGAAAGUCUCAAUCCUUGAAGAUUUUGUGUCAUCCAAUGCGGCAUCAUUUCACCAAGUCACUAGAGAAGAAGAGACAGUAUUCCAUUUAGCUGUGAGACAUGGAUGCUAUGAUGCUUUGGAAUUCUUGGUACAUGUCACCAAUGGGACCAGUCUAUUGAAUUGUCGAGAUCGAUAUUGCAACACAGUCUUACACCUUGCCGUUAAAGGCUGGCGCCAUAAGAUGGCAGAGUUCUUGAUCAACAAGACCAAGGUGGAUAUCAAUGCGCGGAACCGGGAAGGUAUCACAGCACUUGACAUCCUUGACCAGGCUAAGGAUAGUGCAGAAAACAGACACUUACAAGCCACGUUUAUCAGAGCUGGUGGUAGAAGAGCCAUCCAAUCUUCUCUCUUUUCACAGGAACUAGACAAGACCAAUUCUGUGUCUCCUGUAGCAUCUAGCCUUUCUCUGUCAAGGAGUUAUACACCUAAUCCAGUAGUGGAAGUGUCAAAUGAAAUGAUUUCUUAUGAUUGUACUAGUCCAGCACAAGUUGGCAGAAGCACUCAUUCUAGAUCACCUUCUCAGCCUCAUGUGAGUGAUAGAAUUGAGAAUGGAACCUAUAGACCAUAUUACUUCUCAACAAAGUUAGGGAAACACAAGCAUCAGAACAAAAAAAAAAAGGAAAAUCUAGAUCAAACUUGCUAUACUGAGAGGAAUAAGCACUAUGAGAUGCACAAAGAGGCAAUGCUAAAUGCCAGGAAUACGAUUGUAAUAGUUGCUGUUUUGAUUGCCACCGUCACUUUUGCUGCUGGCAUUAGUCCCCCUGGUGGUGUGUACCAAGAGGGACCAAUGAUAGGUAAGUCAAUUGCGGGAAAAACAACAGCCUUCAAGGUCUUUGCAAUAAGCAACAACAUAGCACUAUUCACAUCUCUGUCCAUAGUCAUUGUGCUUGUUAGUAUCAUUCCAUUUAGAAGAAAACCACACACAAUACUAUUGACAAUCGCUCACAAGGUCAUGUGGGUGGCUGUGGCAUUUAUGGCAACUGGCUAUGUUGCAGCCACAUGGGUGAUCUUGCCACAUAGUCAAGGGAUGCAGUGGCUAUCUGUUGUGCUACUAGCACUAGGAGGUGGCUCUCUGGCCACAAUCUUCAUUGGUCUCAGUGUCAUGCUGCUUGAGCACUGGCUCAGAAAAUCAAAAUGGAGAAAGACUAGGAAUGAAAGUGGGGAUGGAGCUGCAAGCUACGAAAAGGAAAGUGAAAAUUCAGAUUUUGAGAGCUCUUAUUUACAGGGUUAUCAUUCAUACUGAUUAAUUUGGCUCCCAAAAUGAACAUGUUACGUGUAAAAAUAAUGUGCAUACUACCACUUAUACAAGAUUG